AUGCUCGAGGAUGAGAGGGUCGUUCACGUUAGAGGUACACCAGCUUCUGGGAAGAGCACGCUUGCUCAUCUUCUCUACUUGCAUUAUCAGAAGCAGAAUACUGCCUCAGUAAUAAUCCGAUCUUGGCCGAACGGUGAUGGGGUGUACGCAGACGACCGUCUUAUUCGUUAUGCUCAGAGUGCAGGGUACAGUUUCAUAACUUCGACGAACCUUUAUGAUGCAGAUAUUGUCUGGAUUAUCGACGAGGCGCAGAUGUCAUACGACGAUGACGCACUCUGGCUGGGAUUUAUCAAGUUUCAACAUGGCCGCUCCUCGUGGGGGCCGAGAAUCUGUGUCUUCAGUUCAUACGGUAGUCCGACCGGAGGUCCCCAAGACUUCAGCGUUGGGAGCCCUCUCGCGUACCUGGGUGUUCAGCAGCGAAUAUCAAUUACACCUUCCAGAAUCCAGGGCUCGCCUUCCAUAGCGCUUUUCUAUUCUCACGUCGAAUUCGACGACGUGUUACAUCGGAUCUGUAAUGACUACAAGUCCCCCCUGCCUCUUGAUCCUGAUGCAGCCGACUAUAUCUUCAGUCUUACCAGCGGCCAUCCAGGGGCUGUGAAUGGUAUUCUAUCAAUGCUCAAAAAGGUGUAUCGGUCAGAUUUAAAGCACCAGAAAAUUCAGGUGGUGGAGAAAGCUCAUAUCAUCGAGAUACUAAACGAUGAAGAGAAGUCAUUCCAGUAUCUUGCUCAAACAGGUGUUCAAAGGUCAUUUGUGAACGGAGAGGUCGCGCCGCAGACACUCGCUGUCCUCCGAGAAGUUCUUUUCAACAACAGCAUACCUCGAAACUUGGAGAAUAAAGGUAUUCGAGAAUGUUAUGAGAAGGGUUGGCUUCAUGCAGAGUCAUUAGAUGCUAAUGCUACCCAUAUUUUUUGUGUCUUUCCAACACGUCUACAUGCCAAAUAUGUGGAACACUAUUAUACCAAUUCGUCUGUUCCCUUUCCCAUUGAGCGGUUCCCUACUGUCGAGAGACUCGCCGAAGCUACACUACGGAAAAUUUCAUCGAGACAGCUUUCUUCUACCGCUGGUCUUGGCACUGGAGCAAUCAUCCGACCAGUGGAGGCAGCUUAUCAGGAUGAGUUUUAUCGCGCAUUACACACGGUCCUUGGUUUCUCUGCUAAAAUCUCAAGUGAAUGGUCAGGAGAUGGGAGUGGGAGGAUCGACUUCCGACUGCCAGAGGUUCAAUGGGGUAUAGAACUAUUACGCGAGGGUGAUAGACUGGGAGAGCACUGUCAGCGAUUCGUGGGCAAUGGAUGUUAUACACAGUGGAUCCAGAAGGGCUGGCUCAAGGAUUGGCUCAUCAUUGACUGCCGUACCUGGAUUCCUCGGCCAUAUGAUGUCCCUGGUACUAAGCUUUGGCGAGCUGUUUUUGCGAAUGACUUUUCUUCUGUUGAGGUUUUAGACUCCUCUAACAGACCACUCAUUUCCCGCUUUGCGUUGAUGUCAUAA